GUCCUCGUUCACCUCCUCCCCUCUUUCGAAUCUCGUGCGUCUUGCCUGCGUGUGGACAUCCAGUUUUAUGUGCUUAUUGCGUACAGCCAAGAAAUACCGGCACAGGUGUUCUCUGUAGAUAGCCCUGCUCUGCUCUCUACAUAUGUAGGUAAUGCCUACAUGACCUCCAUUCCGUUUCUGGAAAUCUCGAUCAGAGAUACGUCCCCCGGCGCCGUCCGCCCCUAUCUGCCUCGAAUCGCAUCGCGGCCGUUAUCUGCUAGCCUUGCCAUCCGUCGGGUCCCGGCGGCUGAAGCGAAAUUGGCCAGUGUCGAAACCGUGACAGGUUGCUGAUGGCCAACCCCACAAAUAGGCUCCGAAAAAGAGGGAGAGGGAGAGAAAACUUGGAGCCUAGAGCUGCUGCCUCUGCCUCCCCUCGUCUCUGCGGUCCAUCCAGCCGACGAACGUAACCCAGCCACCUGCCUGCCUGCCUGCCUGUAACUGUACGCAGCUCUUCUGCCGCCAGAUAUAUGGAUGAUAUCCCAUAGUUCGAGGCCACAGCUCAGAGUCCGGAGGAUCAGUCUGACGUCAUGGCACCCAUCGCCAUCUCUCCCGAGAGGGAUCCGGCUCUCCCGGGCGGGGGGUUGGCUUUAAAUACCGUAUACGACGAUACCAUCCGCUUUUUCCUUAACGGCACUCGAGUGGUGUUAGAUGACGUCGAUCCCGAGGUGACCUUGCUGGAAUAUUUGAGGGGCAUCGGCUUGACAGGAACUAAGCUUGGCUGUGGAGAAGGCGGAUGCGGUGCCUGUACCGUCGUGAUCAGCCAAUACAAUCCGACCACCAAACAGAUAUACCAUGCUAGCGUCAACGCCUGUCUAGCACCGCUUGCCAGUUUGGACGGGAAGCACGUUAUAACUAUCGAAGGUAUAGGGAAUGUCGAAGUACCUCAUCCGGCCCAGGAGCGUAUAGCCAAGGGCAACGGAAGCCAGUGCGGCUUCUGCACCCCCGGUAUUGUCAUGAGUCUGUACGCCCUCCUGAGGAACAACGAGAGCCCUACCGAACACGAUGUCGAGGAAGCCUUCGACGGAAAUCUCUGCCGAUGCACCGGCUACCGAUCGAUUCUAGACGCCGCCCGGACCUUCAUCGUGAAGGGUGCCUGCGAUAAGAGUUCUGCUAACGGCGGCUCAGGCUGUUGUAUGGAAAAUGGAGCUAGUAACGGCGCUGUCGGUGGAGGGUGCUGCAAGAGCACAACCUCUCCCGGCGAUAGCCAACCUAUCAAGAGAUUUACCCCGCCGGGUUUCAUCGAAUAUAAUCCAGAUACGCAACUCAUAUUCCCCCCGUCGCUCAAGAAGCACGUAUUCGCACCCCUCUCCUUCGGGAACAAGAGGAAGAGGUGGUAUCGUCCCGUCACCCUAGACCAACUGCUAGAAAUCAAGAGUGUCUACCCAAACGCCAAGAUUAUUGGUGGUAGCACGGAGACCCAAAUCGAAGUCAAGUUCAAGGCCCUGCAAUAUCCAAUCUCCGUUUUCGUCGGCGAUAUACCUGAGCUGCGCCAGUACUCGUUCAAAGACGACCACCUGGAGAUCGGUGGAAACGUCGUGCUUACCGACCUUGAGAAUAUCUGUCGGGAGGCUAUCGAGCGCUACGGCAAGGAAAGAGGUCAGGUAUUCCAGGCCAUUUACAAGCAGCUACAGUACUUCGCAGGACGGCAGAUACGAAACGUGGGCACGCCAGCUGGCAACCUAGUUACGGCCUCGCCCAUUUCCGACUUGAACCCCGUGUUCAUGGCAGCCGACUGCGUCUUGGUGGCCAAAUCUCGGCAGGGGGAGACAGAGUUACCGAUGGCAACGUUCUUCAAGGGCUACCGCAAGACGGCCUUAACACAAGACGCCAUCCUCGCGUCUAUUCGUAUUCCUUUGACUCGUGAGACGGGCGAUUACUUCAGAGCUUACAAACAGGCGAAACGUAAAGACGACGACAUUGCUAUCGUCACCGGAGCAAUGCACGUGAGGCUAGACAGGAAGGGCAUCGUCGAACACUGCAACCUGGUGUAUGGCGGCAUGGCCCCAUUCACUAUUGCAGCAGGGAAAACGAACGAACUGCUAAGAGGAAAGCUAUUUGCUCAUCCGGAUACCCUCGAGGGCGCGAUGAGCACGCUCGAGUCCGAUUUUAACCUCCCCUUUAACGUUCCGGGGGGCAUGGCUUCGUAUCGGAAGUCUCUAGCGUUGGGUUUCUUCUACCGGUUCUACCACGACGUGUUAUCGGAGAUCAGCAAAGAAAGCGAACACGGCGACAGCCAGGUCGUCGAAGAGCUUGACAGAGCUUUGUCGUCUGGUUGGAGGGACGAAGAAGCGACUUCCGCAUACAUCGACGGACCCUUCGGAAAGGCUGCUAGCCACGUUGCAGCUAUGAAGCAAACCACAGGAGAGGCGCAGUAUACAGACGAUAUCCCACCACUCAAGAACGAGCUCCACGCAAGUCUCGUACUGUCCACAAAGGCGCAUGCGAAGAUAAAAUCUAUCGACUAUUCGGCCGCGCUAGACAUUCCGGGCGUCGUCGACGUCGUAGACAAGAACGAUCUACACAGCCUGGAGGAUAACAAAUGGGGCGCACCAAAUUAUGACGACCUCUUCUUUGCUGAGGACGAAGUUUCCACAGCCGGCCAACCGAUCGCGGUCAUCUUGGCCACCUCGCAGGCAAGGGCAGCCGAGGGAGUGAGAGCUGUGAAGAUCGAAUACGAAGACCUUCCGGCGAUUUUCACGAUGGAAGAGGCUAUCGAAAAAGAGAGUUUCCAUAAAUUCUCUCGCUACAUCAAGAAGGGUGAUCCCGAGGAAGCCUUCAAGCAUUGCGACUACACGUUCACGGGCGUCUCUAGAAUGGGGGGCCAAGAACAUUUCUACCUCGAAACAAACGCUUGCAUAGCUAUACCCAAACCCGAGGACGGCGAAAUGGAGAUCUGGUCCAGCAGUCAAAAUCCCACCGAGAGUCAGGCGUAUGCGGCCAAGAUCAUGGGUGUGCAGUCAAAUAAGGUGACAGCCCGCGUGAAGCGUCUAGGCGGUGGUUUUGGUGGAAAGGAGACUAGAUGCGUCCACCUCAGCACGAUCAUAGCAUUGGCCGCUCAGAAGACCAAGAGGCCAGUCAGGUGCAUGCUCAACCGAGAUGAAGACAUGGCCGUCUCCGGCCAGCGACAUCCUUUCCUCGCUAGAUGGAAAGUAGGCGUCAAUAAAGACGGCAAGCUUCAAGCCCUCGACAUGGAUAUUUUCAACAACGCCGGGUGGACCUGCGACUUGAGCGCCGCAGUAUGCGAACGCGCCAUGAGCCAUAGCGAUAACUGCUACAAGAUCCCAAACUUCCACGUGCGCGGUCGGUUAUGCAAGACCAAUACCAUGUCGAAUACGGCUUUCCGUGGCUUUGGCGGGCCCCAGGGCAUGUUCUUCGCCGAGUCGUACAUGUCCGAAGUCGCCGAUCGCCUAGGUAUACCCGUCGAAGAGUUCCGCGAGAUAAAUUUCUACCAGCUUCACGACGAAACCCACUUCAACCAACCUAUCCAAGAUUGGCACGUCCCCCUGAUGUAUAAGCAAGUGCAGGAGGAGUCGGAUUACGCUGCUCGCCGCCAGGCCGUAGCGAAAUUCAACGCAGAGCACAAAUGGCGCAAGCGAGGGAUGGCACUAAUUCCCACCAAAUUUGGUAUCUCGUUCACCGCCCUCUGGCUCAACCAAGCCGGGGCACUGGUGCACAUCUACCACGACGGGUCGGUUCUGGUUGCACACGGUGGUACAGAGAUGGGUCAGGGCUUGCAUACCAAGAUGAUCACAAUCGCCGCCCAGGCGCUCCAGGUGCCGAUGGAAGACGUUCAUAUCUCGGAAACGGGCACCAAUACCGUGGCUAACACAUCUGCUACGGCCGCCUCGGCGUCAUCUGACCUCAACGGCUAUGCCAUCUGGAAUGCCUGCGAGCAGAUCAACGCCCGCCUCGCGCCGUAUAAGGAGAAGCUCGGGCCCGGGGCUACCAUGAAAGAGCUCGCCCACGCGGCUUACUUCGACCGCGUGAACCUAAGUGCGAAUGGAUUCUACAGGACACCGGAGAUCGGGUACACUUGGGGCGAGAACGUUGGCAAGAUGUUCUUUUAUUUUACGCAGGGCGUCACGGCUGCCGAAGUUGAGAUUGACAGUCUCACUGGGACUUGGACGUGCCUGCGCGCCGAUAUCAAGAUGGACGUCGGGCGGUCGAUCAACCCGUCGAUCGACUACGGACAAAUCGAAGGCGCUUUUACUCAGGGUCUAGGCCUGUUUACCAUGGAGGAGAGCUUAUGGUUGCGCAACGGCCCGAUGGCCGGUAACCUGUUCACAAAAGGGCCUGGCGCAUACAAGAUCCCCGGGUUCCGCGACAUACCACAAGUAUUCAACGUGAGCUUACUUAAGGGGGUAACGUGGGAGAACCUACGGACGAUACAGCGCAGCAGAGGCGUCGGCGAACCGCCACUGUUCAUGGGUAGCUCUGUGUUCUUUGCCAUCCGCGACGCGCUCAAAGCCGCGCGUGCGGAUUACGGAGUCAAGGCUAAACUCUUCGCCCAAGGAGGCGAGGAUGACGGGUUAUUAAGGCUAGAAAGCCCGGCGACCCCCGAGAGGAUCAGACUCUCGUGCGUCGACCCCAUUAUGGAGCGUACUAGGGUUCUACCUAAGGAGGGCGAGAAAAGCUUCUUCGUUGCUAUUUAAAGGCGUGUAGGGCCCGGCUUCGUGUACCAUAGCAGUCGGGCAUGUACGGAGGAAGCACCAUCCAACUUGAGGGGAAAUCAGGUCGGUCAUAUGAAGUUUUCGGCGUUAAUCAGUGUUGAUUGCCACGAAAUUGAAGUCAUGGGACCACAAAAGAUUGAAAGACCCUUUCCGCAGCAACCAUGCCAAUGAUCUGUCACAGCAGUUUAUUCACGAACAGCUGGGAUGAGUGUUUUAUAUCUACCUAUGAAUACUAGGCGAGUAUGGAACUCCGUUAGAAAUAUCACGGGAUGUGACGAUACAUCAACCGACGACGACACCUGAAAUGCCGACUGACAUUCCAAAGUAUGGCUAAUAGAAGGAAGUAGAAGGCCCCUGCUCAAUUAUCUUCGAAGAAUCUCGUAGUGUGUAUCAGGCUCUUUCCAUAGACGGCAGGCCAACAGCACUGGGAACGAGCCACCCGACCUAGCAAUGCCGUCUUCUCCCGGAGCGUCUGCUCCUGACACGCUAGCCCCUAUUUCCAGCCAACGUUAAGCCCCUCUACUACACCCAGAGAGAAGAAAAAGGAAUGGGGGGGGGGGGGGGUGGGUG